AUGACCGAUAAAUUACCACCAAAUUUGUUGGCUCUGUUCGCACCGAGGCCUCCACUCCCGUAUUCAAAACCGUUAGACAGAGAUCCCGCAAAACGCAAGGGUCCUACAAUCACUGGGGUUGGUCAAUUGGUGCAUUUAUUAAAAGAAUAUGAUCCAGACUACGUUCCAACAGAAACUGUUGAAGAGAAAAAGAAGCGAAAAGUAAGGGAUCCUAACAAAGAUGAAAACGUGACUGGGGAUCCGUUUAAAACAUUAUUUGUCGCUCGAAUGAGCUUUGAGAUGGCUGAAAAAGAUUUACGAAGAGAAUUUGAAAUGUAUGGUCCUAUCGAAAAUAUACGAAUUGUGAAAAACAAAUUGAAUGGAAAACCUCGAGGUUAUGCGUUUAUUGAAUUUGAGCGAGAAAAGGAUAUGAAAGCCGCGUACAAAGAUGCCGACGGCGUUAAACUUUUAGGACGACGUAUACUUGUUGAUGUAGAGCGUGGUCGGACUGUCAAGGGUUGGCGGCCUCGUAGACUUGGUGGUGGACUUGGAGGAACCAGAAUAGGCGGUCCUGACCAAAAUCAAAAAUAUUCGGGUAGAGAAGGUUCAUAUGCUAUUAGUCCGGGCUUUUCACAUCUUAUUGGUUACGACAAAGAUUAUCGCUCCAGCUAUUCUUCACGUGCUGUGACAAGCGCUGGUUACGGUCAUGGUGGAAGUAGUAAUGGUGGUAGAUACGGUGGCAGCAGGUAUAACGAUAGAGGUGGGGUAGGUAGUAGUAGUAAUGAUCGUGAUUACAGACGGCGUAGUGGUCGCAGCCGCUCGAGAAGUCCAGGAGGAUAUAGAGACGAUAGGUAUGGUUCGAAAAAUAGGGAUAGAGAUAGAAGAAGGGAGCGCAGAUAA